GUGGGUACAAUUUCACAUUCUAAACAAAUUUUAAAGAUCGUUAAUAAUUUUAACUUGUGAAUAAGAACCCCAAAGAGAUAGACAUUCCCAAAAGGAAAACAGAUUUUUUUUUCUUUAAUACGAUGGACAGUUUGUGUUUGAAUAGCGGUUUACACGGUGUAAUUCCAGCGAUCACUGCGGUUGGAAACGGUGUAAGCGGUGGAGUUGUUGAAGUCCGUGCAACUGCAACGGCACCAUCGCAAAAAAGAGGUCCUUUUGGAUUCUCAUUUAAGUACCCAUUGACGCCGUUUUGGUCUCGCGGCGGUGGAGGAGGAAUUGCGUCGAGGAGACGAAGUGGGUUGUGUUUAGACGACGCCGUUUUGGUUGAUUCUGGCGAUUCGAGAAAGCCGAUCGCGGAGGAGACGGCGGUGGAAAUGGAGACGGAGAGGCGAAAUGAGAGCUGGGUUUUGAAGAUCUUGGAUGUACAAUCUAUGUGGAGAGAUAGAGAAGACGAAGUAGAAGAUGAUGAUGACGAUGAAGAAGAAGAAGAUGAAGACGAGGAUGUUGAAUCAGACGACGCCGUAUUAGCUGAAGAUGAUGGUGGAUGCGAUGUAUGUUCGAUUUUGGAAGAUGAUGGUGACGAAGCAAACAAAUUUCAGCUUGAUAGUGAAUCGUUCUCCAAAUUGCUGAGGAGGGUUACGUUACCAGAAUCAAAACUCUAUGCCCAAAUGUCGUAUUUAGGAAACUUGGCUUAUUCAAUUUCAAAAAUCAAGCCUGCGAAUCUAUCGAAAUAUUACGGCCUGAGAUUUGUAACUUCAUCAGCUGAGAAAACAGAAUCUGCGUUAAAAGCUGGGAAUGGUGAGGUUUCAGGAGAGACUAAGCCAAUUGAGGAAGAAGAAGAAGCUAAAGAAGAAGAAGAAGAAGAAGAGAAGAAGAAAGGUCGCAAGAUUAGUGCUUCUGCUGCAUAUGAGAUUGUUGCAUCAGCUGCUUCUUACCUGCACUCUCGUACCAACAACAUACUUCCUUUCAAUUCUUCAUCGAAAGCUGACAAAAAUGAUGUAAAUUUGGCAAAUGCGGAGUCAUCAACAGAUGUUGCUUAUUCUGUUACUUCUGUUGUUGCUGCUGAGGAAGAUGUGAAGCAAGCUGUUGCAGACGAUUUGAAAUCGACGAUUUCGUCUCCCUGCGAUUGGUUUAUAUGUGAUGAUGAUCAGAGUCACACUAGAUUCGUUGUGAUUCAGGGAUCUGAAUCUCUAGCUUCUUGGCAAGCAAAUUUACUCUUUGAGCCUAUUGAAUUUGAGGGACUUGGUGCGAUCGUACACAGAGGAAUAUACGAAGCUGCAAAAGGAAUGUAUGAACAAAUGCUACCUGAAGUUAAAGCCCAUAUUAAAACCCACGGGACCAGCGCUAAAUUCCGUUUCACCGGUCAUUCAUUAGGUGGAAGCUUAUCGCUAUUACUAAACCUCAUGUUACUCGUUCGAGGCGAAGUACCUGCUUCUUCUUUACUUCCGGUUAUAACAUAUGGUGCACCAUUUGUGCUAUGUGGAGGCGACCGUCUUCUUAAAAAACUCGGGUUGCCUAAAAGCCAUGUUCAAGCUGUCAUAAUGCACCGUGACAUUGUCCCAAGAGCUUUUUCUUGUAACUAUCCGUACCAUGUUGCCGAGCUUCUCAAAGCUGUUAAUGGAAACUUCCGUAGCCAUCCUUGUCUUAACAAACAGAGUAUGUUGUAUUCCCCGAUGGGCGAGCUUCUGAUUCUUCAACCAGAUGAGACAUUCUCUCCUGGACAUGAACUUCUUCCUCCCGGGAACGGUUUAUAUCUUCUAACAGGCGAUUUCGAAUCGCCGAAUAAUGAAGAUUCUGAGGAGGAACGGUUAAGAGCCGCGCAGACGGUUUUCUUAAACACCCCGCAUCCUCUUGACAUACUCAGCGACAGAUCGGCUUAUGGGUCCAGCGGAACAAUCCAAAGAGACCAUGAUAUGAACUCGUAUCUGAAAGCGGUUAGGAGUGUAAUAAGAAAAGAAGUGAAUCAGAUAAGAAGAGCGAAAAGGGAGCAUCGCCGGAGUCUCUGGUGGCCAAUUCUGGUGGCUAGAGAAAGCGGAAGCUCGGGGAUUGCAAUCAGUAACGGCCAAAUCAACAGUCAGGAUUUCUCUGGCAUGAUGAAGACAGGAAGAAAGUCGUUGCAGAGGUUUAGCCGCCUUGUGGCGUCUCAACAUAUGCCGUUGAUCGUUGUUAUGUUGUUUCCGGUUAAGUUGUUGUUCCUUGGUGCUUUCAACAUCUUUAGUUUCCGUUGAAAAGUUUCUUUUGGCGGGUUUUAUGAUCGUUUGCUUAUACCGGUCCAGACUGAAUUUUGGUUUGACCGGUUUAGAUCAUUCUUUAUUCAUAUAUCUUGUUUGUUUGUUUGUUUGUUUGUUGGGGCCAUUGGAGGCUUUCUCUGUUAGAUACAUUGGUUUCACGCAUAAAGGUUGUGGAAAAGGAACAAAAGGGACCAGUAUUUAAUAUUUGUAAUUAUAAAUUGUGCAAAAGUAU